AUGCUCUCAGUGGUGGAGAAUGGACUGGACGCCCGGGCUGCCAUCCCGGUCAUCAAGAAGAAGCUGGUGGGAUCAGUGAAAGCACUGCAGAAGCAGUACGUGUCCUCAGACACAGUGGUCACCAGUGAAGACGGAGAUGCCAACACCAUGUGCAGUGCCCUGGAGGCUGUGUUUAUCCAUGGCCUGCAGGCCAAGCACAUCCGAGCUGAGGCUGGAGGGAAGAGGAAGAAAAGUGCCCAUCAAAAGCCUCUGCCUCAGCCUGUCUUCUGGCCUCUCCUGAAAGCCGUCACCCACAAACACAUCAUUUCCGAAUUGGAGCACCUGAUCUUUGUCAACACAGAUGUGGGCCGCUGCCGGGCCUGGCUCCGCCUGGCCCUCAAUGACGGACUGGUGGAGUGCUAUCUGAAACUGCUCCUCCAGGAGCAGGCCCGGCUGAGCGAGUACUACCAGCCCACAGCCCUGCUUCGAGACGCCGAGGAGGCUGAGUUUCUCCUUAGCUUCCUGCAGGGACUAACAUCUUUGUCCUUCGACCUCUCCUACAAGUCAGCCAUCUUGAACGAGUGGACACUCACACCAUUGGCCCUCUCUGGGCUCUGCCCGCUCUCUGAGCUUGAUCCUUUCACUACCUCUGGGGCAGAACUCCAGCGGAAGGAGUCCCUGGAUUCGAUUUCCCAUUCCUCGGGCUCAGAAGAUAUUGAGGUCCAGCACUCAGGCCAUAAGAUCCGGCGGAACAGGAAGCUCACUGCCUCCUCCCUCAGCCUGGACACGGCCAGCUCGUCCCAGCUGUCCUGCAGCCUGAACUCUGAUAGCUGCCUACUCCAAGAAAAUGGCUCCAAGAGUCCAGACCGUUCUGAGGAGCCCAUGUCCUACGACUCAGAUCUGGGGAUAGCAAAUGCCGAUGACUCAGACCGGUCUCUGCAAGAGGUAUUGUCGGAAUUCAGCAAAGCCCAGGUGAACUCUGUGCCAGCCCACGCGCUGAGCCACGAAGCCGAGCCCUCUGCCCUCCAGGCCUCACUCUCGCUCCAGGGCCCCGACGCCACCACACACCCACAUCUGGAUGUGCCCGCUGAACGCCUCCCUGCCUGGGCAUCCUCACGGACUCCAGAUGGCGAACACAAGCAAGAGCCACUUUCCCACAUAGCUGGCACCCCAAGCUUGCUGAAGCUGGGCACUGCCCCAAAUGCUCCUUCAGGGGACACUUUGGCCAAGCCAUCUAGCCCUGUGAAAGAGAAGACCAGGCUCAUCUGCCCAGGAAGUAGCCCAGAGAAGCCCCCAGAGUGGGACAGAGUUGGACUGAACCUUGUGAUUUCCUCACCCACCAGUCCGAAAAGCAAGAGUUGGAUCUCAGAGGAUGACUUCUACCGGCCUCCCCAGGAGCCACCCCCAGAAAGUCUUUCCGAUCAGUCCAUAGCUUCAUCCAAAGGGACUCCAGAGCCAAGGCCUGGUCUGCACAGGCAUUUUUCUCAAGGGCCAAAGAAAAGCCACUCCAUGGGGGCCUUAGACAAAGCUUGCGUGCCUUCCCCAGGAAGCGGGAAAACCAAGACGGCGCCCACGCAGGAACACAAGAACUUCCGUGUGGUACACCGGCGGCAGAUGGGGCUGUCCAACCCAUUCCGAGGCCUCAUGAAGCUGGGCACCGUGGAGUGCCGCGGGGCCAUGGGCAUCUGGAAGGAACUCUUCUGCGAACUCUCGCCCCUGGAGCUCCGCCUCUACCUGGGCACCGAGGAGCGCACCUGCGUGGAGAGCUGCUCCCUGCUGCGCUGUGAGUCCGUGGGGCCGGCCCUCAGCGACGGGCGCUUCGAGCUGCUCUUCUCCGGCAAGAAGCUGACCCUGCGUGCCUCCUCGCAAGACGAAGCCGAAGACUGGCUGGACCGGGUGCGGGAGGCCCUGCAGAAGUGCCGGCCUCAGCAGGAGGACGAGUGGGUGAAUAUCCAGUACCCAGAGCUGCCCGAAGACCUCCCCGAGGCCCCCCAGGCCGGCCUGUCCUCCCACUCAGAGCCCCUGGUGGAACCCGAAGCCUUCCAGGGCACACAGCUCAACUGGUCAUCUGCCCAAAUUCCGGAGCCAGAUGCCAUUAAAGAAUCCCUUCUUUACCUAUACUCAGACAGGACCUGGGCGCCCUACAUUUUCUCCCUGUCCCUGGAGUCUCUGAAAUGCUUCCGGGUGAGAAACAACGAGAAGAUGCUAAGUGACAGCCAUGGGGUUGAGACCAUCCGAGACAUCCUGCCAGACACAAGCCUCGGGGGCCCAUCCUGCUUCAAAAUCCUCACGGCCAAGGCCGUCCUGAAGCUGCAGGCUGGGACCCCUGAGGAGGCUGCCCUGUGGAGGGACCUGGUGCGCAAGGUGCUGACAUCGUACCUGGAGACAGCCGAGGAGGCAGUGACCCUCGGUGGGAGCCUGGACGAGAACUGCCAGGAGGUGCUCAAGUUUGCCACAAGGGAGAACGGCUUCCUGCUGCAGUACUUGGUGGCCAUCCCCAUGGAGAAGGGCCUCGACUCCCAGGGCUGCUUCUGUGCAGGCUGCUCCCGGCAGAUCGGCUUCUCUUUUGUACGCCCCAAACUCUGUGCCUUCUCUGGCCUCUAUUACUGUGACAUCUGUCACCAAGAUGAUACCUCAGUGAUUCCAGCCAGGAUCAUCCACAACUGGGACCUCACCAAGCGCCUGAUCUGCCGGCAGGCCCUGAAGUUCCUGACACAAAUCCAGGCCCAGCCUCUCAUCAACCUGCAGCUGGUGAACGCGUCCCUGUACGAGCACGUGGAGCAGAUGCACCUCAUAGGGAGGAGGCGGGAGCAGCUGAAGCUUCUGGGGGAUUACCUGAGCCUGUGCCGAAGUGGGGCCCUGAAGGAGCUAAGCAAGAGGCUCAACCACAGGAAUUAUCUCUUGGAGUUUCCCCACAAGUACAGCGUUGUUGACCUUCAGCAGAUUGCAGAGGGCACAUACGAAGCCUUCCUCCAGGCCCUGAUCGAUUUCGCCUCCCAGCACGUCUAUCACUGCGACCUGUGCACCCAGCGUGGCUUCAUUUGCCAGAUCUGCCACCACCAUGACAUCAUCUUCCCCUUUGAGUUUGACACCACCAUCAGGUGUGCUGAGUGUAAGACUGUCUUCCACCAGAGCUGCCAGGCCGUGGUGAAGAAGGGCUGCCCCCGCUGUGCCCGCUGGCGCAAGUACCAAGAACAGAACGCCCUCACCUAA